GGUGAACCCGUUAAAGCUUCAGACGAGCAGAGAGCAGAGAGCAGAGAGCAGAGAGCAGAGGGCAGGCUUGUGUUGUAUGUUCUUGAAACAUGAUGGCCAUGGACAACUAUUUUCUAUUCCCUCCAUGGGAUUGUGAUUGGGAUCCACACACCUUUGGCUCCGCAGGUGAUCUCCAUCAGCAGCUCAUGCCUUUGGCGACGGGGUCCCCGGCGUCGUCCUCGCAGGCCUCGACGGGCUACCUGCAGGACGCCGUCGCCGGGUGGAGCAGCCGGAGCAAGCGGCGACGCCUGGCUUCAUCGCCCUCCCAUGUUCACUGCCCUGCUCCGUUGACCACUGGCGACCUCCAAGAUAUUCUCCAAGGAUUCUUGAAUUCGAGUUAUUUUGGAGAUCCAUUGCUCGACCAGAGUCGCAGGCCUAUCGAACCAGGUUCUACUUCGCCCUGCGGAAAGUCACUGCGGUGCUUCAAAGAGCUGCAGCCAAAAGCCAUCCAAGACCCAAAUUCUAAUGCAAAAGUACUCACUCUGAAAGCGUGCGAGAGGAGGGGAUGCAGCAAGAAGAAGAGCAUCGCGUACCCGUUCGCGGUGGUGAAGCCGGGUGGAGUGGACGGAGGCGUGACGCUGGACGACAUCAACGCGCAGCUCUUGAAGCGGCCGAGGUGGCCGGUCCGACACCCGGUGGGGGAGUUUGCGGGUGGGCCGCGCGUUGUAUCGCCGGCGGGGCCGGGGCUCUCCGGCAAGGCCGUGGUCAGCAUGACGAGGAUUCAAACACGGGGCAGGGGGACGAUAACGAUCAUAAGGACCAAAGGCUGACGUGUCAUGUACGUGUUCCGUACAUAUAUACGGACUGCGCACUAAGCAUGAAUACGAUUAGGGUAAAUUUACCUGCAUUCCCCAUUGACAAACAUAAUUUUACAUGUAGUCCUCCAUCCAUAAAAAACUUUCUUUUCACUCCCCAA